AACACUCAAUAGUCCUUAUAACUCGGACUUUAUCUUUUUUUAAAAGAAUGGCUUCAAAGAACUCAGCCAGUCUCGCUCUUUUCUUCGCUCUCAACAUCCUCUUUUUCACGUUGACCGCUGCAACUGAUUGUGGCUGUAGCCCAAAUCCCAAACCCAAGCCGGGCCCAAGUCCUAAGCCUAAGCCGCUCCCAAGUCCCAGGCCCCCCAAGCAUGUCCCAAGUCCGUUUGUUCCAAGUCCCUCGGUCCCAAGUCUAAACCCUAGGCCUGUCACACCUCCGAGCAACCCUGGCUCAUCCGGAAACUGUCCUAUAGAUGUCCUUAAGCUUGGUGUAUGCGGAAACGUUCUAAGUGGCCUACUCAACAUACAGUUGGGUCAGCCAUCAGCUCAACCAUGCUGCUCGCUUGUUCAAGGUUUGGUUGACGUCGAGGCUGCAAUUUGUCUCUGCACUGCUCUCAAGGUUAACGUUCUUGGAAUCAACCUUAACGUUCCUAUAUCUCUCAGCGUUCUUCUCAACAAGUGUAACAAGAAGGUUCCGUCUGGUUUCGAAUGUACUUGAAUUAGCUAUGCACACGACGUGCACACAGUUUCCUCUUCAAAAUAUAUUUACAGUUUGAAUAAAAGCAUGCAAGCUAGAGCUUAAUAUUUACAUAUUAAUUUUGUUUUUAAGUGAUAUAAUAAAUGCGUGAGAGUUUCGUACUUUUCUUUGUUGUAAACGAUGUUGGUGCUUGUAUGUUUUUCUGUGUUUAGUUUUUUUUUCUUAUUUUCUACUCCGUGUUAUCUUUUGUACUUCUGUAAACAUAAAACUUAGUAAUAAUAUCUUAAAAUU